AUGGCCAGUACAAAAAUUGAUAGUGAGGAGGAUGGGGAAGAGUGGGAGGCCUUGGCAGUAUUACUGGGGAGAGGCUUUAGUUUAGGCUAUUCUGAUGACCUAGUAGAAUCCCUAACAUACUGCCAUAUUACCCUCAAUACCCUCCCAAAGCUUCAUCGACUUCUUUCUCAGCUUCUAUCUCACGAAAAACGCACAUAUCUAUCUUCCCUCUUACGUAUUCUAUCAAGAAAACAUCUUUUCAAUCCUCAACUUUUCCAAAGCCUUGAAGACCCUUCCGAAAACCCGACCGGACCAGACACCUUCGAUGCUCAAUGGUGGAAGUCCGACACUCCUGUGGUCUCACAAAUUGCAGCUCUUCUUCAUAUCAUAUUAGGUGGUGACACAACCUACCGUGAUCUAGUAGUAGAUUGGUUGGUUUCCAGUAAUGGCGGCGGAGUAGGAGAGCCAAUAGGUAUAAGGAGAGCACUGGUCGCGGCACUGAACGAGGACCAGGAUGUGCUUAAGGUUCUCCUGGAAAAAAGUAUGAUAAUCUUUGGAGAUAGUGUUUGGAUCAGGCACACGCCGAUUAUGAGGCAGGAAGUAAAUGUCCAGUUACUCCUUCUCCUUUCUGGAUACACGCAUCGUCAACUCCCUCAAUACCUAAACCGUCUCGCUCGCUCUUCACCAUUCCUGAAUGGAGUAUCGAACCGACUAGCUGCAUCAUCUAUUCGCGCUAGGUUUUUGGGAAUGAUAGUUGGGGAGUCACUGUCAGGAUUAACAGAUAAAGAUGGGAAACCCAUGGAUUUUGGAGUGACAGAGACUGCAAGUGAGGAGGCGAGGUGGUGGAAAAGCAUUGUUGGGGUUCAAGAUAGUGUCGGUGAUGCCGGCGAAGUUAUUAAAUUGGCGCAAGGAGGAGAAAUUACUGUGAGAAAAAGAAAGCAAAGCACGGAGGUAAACCCGAAAAUACAGAGCAAGGUGAUGGUGGUUGAGGAGGUCGAAAGUGAAGAGGAGGAGGAAGAGGACGACGAGUUCCAACCGUACCCAAAACCUGAUUCAGAUGCCGAAGACUCCGAUGAAGACCCAACACUGAUCAAUCGCAAAAAGGAUACGGCACCAAUUUACAUCCGUGACCUCCUCCUUUACCUGAGAUCCACAGACUCCUACGACCGCCAGCUCCUCGCCGUUCAAUCUUCUGCCGCAUUAAUUCGACGUAAAGCCAACUUUGGAAAGGAACUUUCUGACCAUGCUUCAGAGCUUGCAAGCCUUUUAACUGGCCUAAACGAUAAAUUCGAGAUGGAAAAUUUCCAAGAGAUGCGAAUGCAGGCGCUCAUUGCACUCGUAGUUUCCUCACCCGUCUUAGUUGGUGGGCUGCUUGCCCGCGGGUUCUUUGAAGGCGACUACUCACUCGGUCAGCGCGCAGCAAUGGCAUCUGCUAUCGGUAUGGGAGCUAGGGAGCUAGCGGGCUGUGAUGAUGGAGACUUACCACUGAGCGUGGAAAGUGCUAAGGGGAAAUCGACAGAGUUAUUCCCGUCGAAGAUGCUACCCGGAUUAAUGCAUAAUCAGUGGAUUAAAGGAAAAACUAGUCCAUUAGACAGGAUUACUGGCGGUAUGGAGAAGAUGAUGAUUUCCCCCAUGGCAGCGGAGGCGGCAGAUAAGGUGACCGGCCCGAAUAUACUCAAGGUUCGAACAUUUAGUAGUCGAAUUGAAGUAGAGAAGCGCCGAGUGAAGCCGGCGGAGAAUAAGCUUGGGAAGGUAGUGGCCGAAGCAUUUUUUUUCCCGUUGACGGGGAGGUGGUGGGGUGCGUUGAAGGAUUUUGGUGGCCGUGGAAUCCACUUUGAGCCAUUCCUAUUGACUCUAUUUCUCAAAACACUCUCUAUAAUACUCCAUGCAACCGGCCCCUCUGCUGUUGCGCUUCCGCAAAUGACCUCUGAGUUGUGGGAUCUUUUGUUUUCUUUGCGGAACCAUAGUUUCCCCACCUCAAAUGACAGUAGUGUCCAAGAGGCUGUGCUCUUUGCACUUCUUACACUACUAGAAGUUAAUACGUCGAAUGACAACGGCCGUAGGCUAGCAGAUGAACACGCAAAAGAGCUUUUGGAAACACAAGAGUGGGUUUCAGGAAUCAUGGAAAGUGGACAGUUGGGCGAGGAGGAGAAGGGAAGGGUUUUGGCUGCGAGUGUGAUAGUUAGGAUCAGAGGAAUUAUAGAUGGCUAUCAGAGGAGAUUGAUGGGAGAAUUGUUAAGUUUGGAGGCGUAG